GCCGGAAGCUGAUUCUGAGAACAUUUAGUUCCGGGGCACUGGGGGAUAUCCGGUGAAAACAUGUGAAGACGGAAGAGGGGCAUGAGUAACAGCUGGAAACGGAAGGCUAUGGAGGGGACAGGUGAUGAAGACGAUGUCACUGUCCACGGAAUCCACAAGAAGAAGCAUAAAAAGCACAAAAAACACAAGAAAAAACAUCACCAAGAGGUACCUGGACCGGCCCAGCCCCCCGAUGGCCCCGCAAAACCUCAGCACAAUUUCCCCGAGGGCCCCACAAAGCCUCAACACAAGCCCCCCGACAGCCCCGCAAAACCCCAGCUGAAACUGAAGAUCAAGCUGGGGGGGCAGGUUCUUGGUACAAAAAGUGUUCCUACGUUCACUGUGAUCCCGGAGCUGUCGCCCGUCCCCAUGCUGGCUGUGGAUGAUGAGGAGGAGCCCCUGGAGGGUGUGGAGGGCGUCCCCAUAGAGCAGUACCGGGCCUGGCUGGACGAGGACAGUAACCUGGACCCCCUUCCGUCUGCGGGGGCCGAGCAGGAUGAGGAGUCUCGCUGGCUGGAGGCUCUGGAGAGAGGAGAGCUGGAUGUGAACGGAGACCUGAAACGCGAGACUGACGAGAGUCUACUGACUGCGCGCCAGAAAGCCCUCCUGCAGAAGCAGCAGAUGCAGGCCCUUCCUGUUUUUGCCCCGGCCGUUUACCCCCUGCCCCCGCAGGAGCUCUCCGAGGAGAUGCUGGUGAAGAGGGAGGAGAAGGCUCGCAAGCGGAGGCUGCAGGCGGCCAAAAAGGCCGAGGAGAGCAAGAAGCAGACCAUUGAGCGGCUCACCAAGACCUCCAAGUCCCGGGGUGUGAAAACGCCCCGCGAAAGGCGGGCCCGCCAGCCCCCCUGCCCCACUGUCCGCUACCAGAACACAGCGGGGGCCAUCACCAUCUCCUACCCCACGGGGGUACCGGCACCUACCCCCCUGGAGCCACGCCCGGCCCUGCCAGCCCCCACGCUCUGCGCUGUUCCGGGCUGCGUGAACAUUAAAAAGUAUUGCUGCUCGGAGACUUUUGUGCCGCUCUGCAGCCUGGAGUGUUACCGGCGACGACGUGCUGCAGCGGAGGAGGUGGAGCGAGGAGCGGCAGCCCCGGAGAUCUUCCCGCAGUGAACUCAGGAAGUAUAUAGAGUGACCCCAAGGGGUUAACCAUGGAGUGAUGAACUUUCACGGGCGAGGAGUCAGGGGAGGGGGUGGAUUCAGCAAGAGCCCCCA